CAUGAUCCAAGUCAUCCCCAACCUCCACAUCUCCAACUACCCAACCACCAUCCCGAAAACGAUAACCCACAUCCUCACCAUGUGCACGAAACCUCUCUCCCGCCGACUCUCUAAAGGCGUCACAACUCUCCACCUCCCUCUCCACAACCAAGACGACAUAACCCCGCACAUCCCACAAAUCCUCACCUUCAUAGCCACCGCUCUCGCGGUUCCCAAUAACCACGUCCUGGUUCAUUGUCGCGAAGGAGUGAAUCGUUCGUCGGCUGCCGUCAUCGCGUAUCUUUGUUCGAAGAAUGGAUCGAAUGCCGCCGACGCGUUUAUGGAGCUGUACAUGAGGAAGACUGAUAUUUGUACGAGAAGACGGUUUCUGGAGCAGAUAGAUGGGUGGUUUGGUGGGGGAGGGGAGUAUAAAGAGGAUGAUGUUAGUAGGGAGGUUUGUGAUAGGGUCGAGAAGCUGAGGCUGGGGUGGAUGCUUCAGGGGUAUUUCAUUAGGCCGACGGAUUGGGUUUGGAUGCAGAAAGGAGGGCCUUGGGAGGGGAAAGACGAUGGUGUCACAGCGGAAGACGUUACGGAGAUUGAAGAGAUCCUUUUGAGUAUAGAACCAUCGGAGGAUAGAGAGAGCGCUGUGGUCGUUGAAGAUGUUGAGGCGAUUGAUAAAGUUCUUUCAAAGGAAAGCCAAGAAGUUCUUCUUUUUUGAUGGCUAUUUGUGG